AUGGCGGCACUGGAGUGCAGUUCCAUCGAAAGGAAAGAUUUUGGUGAGAAAAAUGCCACAAAGCUUGCACUUUCGUGCAAAAAGAACGGUGUGAGCAAUGGAUGUUACUGUGAGGAAAAGAUGGAGACCAGAAAUAAGUGCAGAUCUCACUUACUUGACAAAAUACUUCGAUUAAACGGGAGCGUCAAAUCAAACAAUAACAAUUGCUUUCCCCGUCCGACUGUUACAACCCUAAGAUCCCGACGAGAAAGAGAUUCAGCUGGCGCUGAGCCUGUCAAACGCCGCCGCAGAUCAUCAAGGCAUGACCCAGGGGACACUAGAAUCAGUGAGCCACCGGAUGCUGAUACAUUGAUGCCGGUUACCCCAGAUACGCCCGACAGCUUAGAAGUGGCAUCUAUCACCCGAAACUGCUGCCCAACUGCUACUAGACCUGUAUGCAAUAGUGGUUCGCAUAUCAAGGAUAUAGCAGAGUUAUUCCCCCUAGUCACAAAAACCAACGGGAUCGUGCCAGUUCAAGUGACGCCCGACCCUUCACGGUCCAGCACACCCAUUUCCCUAGUAGCCCCAAGCCCAAGUUGCAGCUCGCUUGGGAGUCCAACAGGAAAAGGGGAUGCAACGCCGACUAAAGAAACCGACGGGCCGAUUGAGUGCCAAUGGAAGGACUGUGGAAACAUGUUCGGUGGUGGGGAAAUUAUGGAACACAUUCGUAGCUGCCAUGUGAUUGCACAGAAAGGACGGGAGAAAUUCAUGUGUCUAUGGAAAGGUUGUAAGGUUUACAAUAAACCGUCAAGUUCGAAGUGUUGGCUUGAUAGACAUAUUUUGACACAUAGCGGAGAUAAACCGUUCAGGUGUAUAGUCGACCGAUGCGGGCAGCGUUUUACGACUCAGGGAGGAUUUGAACGUCACGUUAACAGUCAUUUCAACGCUCAAGAACAAUCGCCCAAUCACAAAAACCCGAAACACGGCAGGGAGGACACACCAACUAAACUGUUCAAACGGAAGCGGUUAAAAACCAAACGAAGAGCUGUUAAAGUUAAAACGGAUGAUUACAUCGACACUGGUACGAUGGAACGAUUGCAGCAUCAGCUUAACGUUAUUGCCCAGAGAACUGAAAUUGAUCUCAAUAACAGUAACAUCUCAGUUACAUUCCAUAGUUCUGUGAUUGCCCGGCGCAAGGAGGGGUCCGGGAAGGUCCAGUUUCUCCUGCACUGGACGCCGGAAGACAUUUUACCUGACGAGUGGGUGAGCGAAACUCAGGUGCAGAUAUUACAAUCUCGCGUCAUUCCGGUUCACCAUCUACCUCCGGACACUGUCACCAGUCUACAUCCAUCAAUCUACAGACAGCAGCGCUAUCGUAAACAUCGCAGGAAAUAGCAUCGCCAUCUCUUCAUCGAAUCGAAGAUUUAAGAAGCGUCAUCUCUGCAUAUUGAAGCAUCAUUGUUUCGAAUAUUCAAGAAUCUUUGUCUGAAUAUUAUAGUAAACAUCGUAGGAAAUAGCAUCGUCAUCUCACCACCGUCAGGAAGAUUCAAGAAUCAUUAUCUCCGUAUAUUGAAGCGUCAUCGUCUUGAAUAUUAUUGUUAACGUCGCAGGAAAUAUGGUCAUAUAGACACGCAUUUAGGGACUCCUAUUGUUUUGAUGAAUAGAUAAUCCAUUCAAAUCUGUCAAGUGAGAUAUUGUAUACAUCGCAGGAAUAGCACCAUUUAAUUGAAUAUUCAACACUCAUUUAAGUAUUCAUCUAUUUUGGUAUCCGUACAACGUACAUCCAUCCAUCUUCUUGGAACAACUGAGAUAUUACAAACAUCGCAGGAAGUAGCAUAGUAGUCGUAGUAAUCGAAUGAAAGUAGUCACCUCAAACACCUUUUUUUGCAUCAUCAAUCAUAUGAAAUAUACACAUAAAGUUGAAAGACUUGAAUUUGUAUAAACAUUCAAAUAGCUUCCCUAAUCGAAGACAGCAGAUAGCUCCGCAUCUUGAAUUACCUUUGUUUGCAUCUUAAAGCCAUACAGGUUGUAUAAGUUCAAAAAUGUAUCUGGAUGAAUAUGCUUCAAGAAAUUUAAGACUGCAUCGAAAACAAUGCAUGAGAUUGUAAGGUAUAACAGGAAUAUGAGCUCUAGGCCAUUCUUACAAUAAUCAUAAGUCUGAGUUUAGACUUGUAAACACUCAGAACGGCAGGUUUUUUAAAUGAAAAUACUUUUUGGUAUUCCAUUCGAUUUACCAAAAAAAAGGUUAGAUAAAACCAAAAUUUGAGUGGAAUUAUAUUCAUCAGAUCUCACCACGUUCAGUUUUGAGUCCGAGUCUGAACUCCGACUUAAGACUGUCUGUAAACAUGGCUGCAGAACUAUUCUCUUAUCCUAAUCUCUAUAAAAUAGAAUAUCUUACACACCCUCUAUAAGUAAAUUGUUAUUUUUCGGAUAUGAUCUGUGGUGCUCAUAUUUGAUUGUGUUAAGUCUCACUUUUUGCACCUAAACAGCUGCAAAUUUAAACAAUAUGUUAUUUUUUAUCUGUUAGCAUUCAUUGAUGCACUAUUAGCGAACAAAGUCACAUCGGAACCAUUGACAAACCAUAGUCUUGAUUUUCUGUCAUUUUGAUAGCAACGACUUAAAAACCAUUUAUUAUAGUGCCAUGUGUUACAGACAUAUAAACCAUGGAUUGGAAACUGCCCGAAGAAAUGAAUUACCCACAAUCUUAUGCAACAUGUAUCUGAAAAUUUUGCCAGUUUAAUUAUUAUAGCGGAUAUGAUAUCUGCUGAAAUCUCGCUUCUCGCGAGCAUAGAAAUGUAAUCUUUACAGACAUAUAAUGAAGUUUCCAAUGCUUGGUUUAAAUGUCUGUGCAUGCUUUAAAUAAGCCUUCAAUUAUUUAUUUAUUUUUUAUACCUCUAGUUCAAUACCUCUGGGCCAUGUUUCAGAAGGGAUCAUAUGGCGGAACAUAGUUUCUUUCUUUGCAUAACUUUGGUUUGGCGUGAACUGCGUUCCAAUAAAAAUAUACGUACAUCACAAAGAUUCUGUCAGUAACUUAAAGGACGUACCUGAACACUCUUACGCAUGGUUAAGUCUACGACUAAGAUAUCUUAUUAGAACUGGCCCCAGAACCCUAUUACAUUAUGCGCUUUGUCAUGUAUUGUUGGAUAGUUAACGAACAAAAUCUUAUGUAAUCCACAUACCAAAUUGGCGUUGAGAGUUAAAAUUAGAAAUUGAAGCAAUUUUUUUAGAAUUAAUUUGUAAAUCCUUAAUAUCUCAACAAGAAGCACUUCUAACUGAGCUGCUGAAAAAAUAUUUUAAUGUUGGCUUGUGCGUUACCAGAUUGACAUAAAAAAAAAAUUGAUUGCAUUUACUUUUUAAAAGCAAUGAUAAAAAACCGAAUGAAAAAUAGUCUGUUAUCCUAUGGAAAUCAAGUAGUUUUAUGGCCUAAAAAAAUCAUGUUUUUGGUUAUUUGAUCGACCCUAUUUAUUUUCUAGUGUCUCAAAUAAAAUUUUACACCACCAUGCUGUUAAUAAGUCAUAAGAUAUUUGUUCUAUAUUACAUCAAAAAAUGCUCUCAAUAGUAACUAAUAUGGCUUAGAAAAAAGAAAAGAAUCGAGCCAUAUCUUUUAACCAAAAACAAACCUUUUUUUCAUCCCUAAUGGAUGUGUACUGUGGUUGCUGUCGAUAAGUAUUUAAUGUUAAGUCAUGUUGUAUCUUUAAAAACAUUUGUCAUAGAUUAUUCAUGUAUGAGUAUGUUGUAAAUAUGUCAUCGUAUUUUACAAUUUCAAGGUCUUUCAUUUGGACAUAACCAAAAUAGUCCGUGUUGAGCUUGAUUUUUUUCCGUGUAAACAUUGUAAUUUAUAAAACAGUUUACAAUGGUUUUAACCUUCUAGAUUUUGUUUUUAAAAAAUCACUUGAUUUCUUUGCAAAUGUCUACAUGAAAUGUGACAGUAAAUAGACCUUAAGUAUAUUUUAAAUUGAUUUUGUAAUAUUAUUAUUAUUAUUAUUAUUAUUAUUAUUUACAGACUGUUUAUGUUAUUGUUCAAAUUGUAAAUGAACUGUUUAAAUUCACUGAGAGAGAGCAAUACAUGUGUUUGGUAUGUAGGAAUAGACCAUAUGAAAUAGAGGUCUCCAAUUAUAUUUAUAUCUUGUGUAAGAAAUUGGUUGUUUCUACAGUAUUAUUACAUUAUAUAUCAUAUUUUCAUGAUAAAUGAAUAUAGAUAAGUGUACUGUAUACUCAGAAUUAAACCUUAAUGAUGGUACAAGUAGCAUUUUACAAACACACAUACAUGUACAAGUAGCAUUUUGCAAACACACAUACAUGUACAAGAAGCAUUUUACAAACACAUACAUGUACAAGUAGCAUUUUACAAACACACAUACAUGUACAAGUAGCAUUUUGCAAACACACAUACAUGUACAAGUAGCAUUUUACAAACACACAUACAUGUACAAGUAGCAUUUUACAAACACACAUACAUGUACAAGUAG